ACAGUGUGGUAUCAGAAAUGAAUACAGUAUUGUAAAUAUAAGGCCACAUAGAGGUGUAGGUUUCAAAUGUCUGUUUUUUUUAUUACAAAAAAAGAUGGCUAAUAUUUAUUUGACUAAAACGUUUUCUUUUGCAUCUACUGGAACUACUACUGCUGUAAUUACUGGUAGCGUACAUCAUUUUCAUGCCUGAACAUUUAUAUUUUUGACUGACGUUCGCCUGCAAUUGUGCCAAAACAUCAUCUCCCACAAUCCUAUGUCCAGUGAGAAAGCAGCAACUGCGAUGACGUCAGAGGUGGGCGACAGAACAGUACCGGCGGGCUAUUACGAAGAUCCAUCUGAACAGAUUGUAUCCGGAUUGUUCGCGCUCGAUCGACGAUACUCUAGAGCUCAAGAGGAAAAAGAAUGCACUGACUGUACGUCCCUCGUUGGACUCUGCUUCAUUGACGGUCCCUUUGUUGAGCAACAGACAAGAUGCCCUACCACUGUGUGGCCUUUGGAUGUGGCAAAACUACAGAAGAUGGUGUUAUGUUGUAUAAAUUCCCCAAGGAGCCUGAGGAGUUUCGCAAAUGGGAGAAGCAGGUCCAGCGCACCCGCUCCAAGUGGGUAGCCACGCCCAAGUCUCACCUCUGCAACGAGCAUUUCGGCAAGGAGUACUUUGAGCCCAGACCGCCUACCGGGGCUCUGAGGUUGAGGCCGGGAGCUGCUCCUACAGUGUUCGUCCGUCCGCUCUGUUCCUCCUGCGGUGGAGAUGGCUGCAGUAACUGCCUGCCUGCUAUCCAGCGCCGGGGCAUUACUGCGGAGCCACGAGAGCGUAACGUUAGUGCCGACCGCAGCGAGUUGGCUCCCAUUCAGUUUGAUGCUGCGUAUGGAGGAGGUGACAAAGAAGAUCUGACAGGAGGAGUAUCGAAGCCAAGAGGAAAAAACAGACACCAAAAACCAGUGGUGUGUGAGAUGUGUGGCACCACCGGCAACAUCAGCACCUUCUUCUCGAAGACCAAGCGUUUCUGCAGUACAUCCUGCGCACGCUCCUAUUCGUCCAAUUCCAAGAAGUCCUCCAUACUGGCUCGUCUGCAGGGAAAGCCCCCCUCCAAAAAAGCUACUGUGCUACACAAGGUGAAAAAAGCCCCUCUGACCCUGGCGGCACCAAAUGGUUUUCACUGGGGCGCCUAUCUGGAGAGGGAAACAUCUCUGGCUGCGUCUGUCUCUUGUUUCAGACACGCUCCUCUGUGUGCCCAGUGGGACGACAUCACCGUGGGGUUGAAGGUGGAAGUCCUGAACACCAAUGCCGUCCUGCCCAGCAAAGUUUACUGGAUCGCUACAGUUAUCCAGAUCGCAGGAUACAAAGCUCUGUUGAGAUAUGAAGGCUUCGAGCACGACAGCAGCCAUGAUUUCUGGUGCAGCCUUGUUUCAGGAGAGCUGAAGCCAGUCGGGUGGUGCGCCAUGACGAGCAAGCUGUUGGUGCCGCCACAAGAUGUGAAGCGGAACAUACCCGAUUGGAAAGAGUAUCUGAUGAAAAAGCUGGUGGGCGCCAACACUUUACCUGUGGAUUUCUUCUUGAAGCUGGCAGAGAACAUGAAGACCUCUUUCAAAAUAGGCAUACGCGUGGAGGUGGUGGAUCCCAAACACGUGAGCCGGACCCGCGUGGCCAUCGUAGACUCUAUAAUCGGUGGUCGCCUGCGGUUGGUGUACGCGGACCAAAGUGACUCCCCCGAGAACAUCACCUCUGACUUCUGGUGCCACAUGUGGAGUCCCCUCUUGCACCCAUUGGGCUGGUCCGGCAAAGUGGGCCACGCCAUCAAAUCACCCUCAAGUGGUGCCGGUGGUUCGAAGGGUAACUCAGACUCCACAUUCCUGCUCUUUAAACAGCCCAGGGUCGUCUUCAUGGGGGGAUGUUUCUUUGAAGAAGGCAUGAAGCUGGAGGCCAUUGACCCUCUCAACCUGGGAACCAUCUGUGUGGCAACUGUACACAAGGUGCUGUUAGACGGCUACCUGAUGGUUGGUAUUGAUGGCGCCGUAUCUGACAACGGCUCUGACAGGUUUUGUUACCAUGCGUCCUCUCACGCCAUCCUCCCUGUAAACUUCUGUGAAAAGAACAACAUCCCUCUCACUGUACCUCAAGGUUAUGACUCGCAGACAUUCACCUGGGAAAAGUACCUGAAACAGACCAACACUAAAGCUGCACCGGCACGACUGUUUAAUGCCGACUAUCCCGGUCACAGUUUCACUGCCAAUGUGAAGCUGGAGGCAGUGGACCUGAUGGAGCCACGCCUGGUGUGCGCGGCCACCGUGAAGCGCUGCGUGGGCCGCCUGCUGCUCAUACACUUUGACGGAUGGGAGGAUGAGUUCGACCAGUGGGUCGACCACCAGUCCCCAGACAUCUACCCUGUGGGCUGGUGUGAGCUCAUGAGCUACCAGCUUCAGCCGCCGCCUGGUCUCGUUGAUUUAAUCACAAACCAGGGGGUACGGAACAAGAAAUGCAAGCCCUUUUACUACGGCAGAAAGAAGAAGAAGUGUGGAAGGAAGAGGCUCUCUGAUGAGCAUGCUAAUGACGAUGCUGUUGAGCAGCCGGAGGUCACUGGCACCAAGAGUCCUUCGGCCUCGCUAGAUCUCAGUUUUGCACCAAAAAUACCUCUCAUCCAGCCCAAGAUGGAGCCAGAGGAUCAGGAGAUCUACGCAGUGCAGGUGAAAGUGGAGGAGAUGGAGAUGGAGACGCCCAUUGACCCUCAACAGGCCAGCCUGGGCACAAUCAAACAGGAGGGAGGGGAACCGAGGAUGUCAGGACAACGGGUGGCGCCAGGGCGGAGCGGCCCGGAGGAUGUAGCACGUGAAGAGACUGAGAAAAAUAAAGCCGCGAAAGACAGACUUGAAGAGCAGGGAUCGUUGGAAGAGAGCUUCACUGGUGAAAGCAACAUGGAGCAGAGUGAAAAUGACCAAGAGGAGGGAAGCUGUGAAAAUGAUACGUCAAUUGAUGAAAUAUUGGACAGUAGUACCUGUUGAAGUGGAGAGAUGAGAUGAGUUUGUAGAACUGUGGAGAAGGCCGAGACACAAUGACUAAACGGUGGAGUGACAUAAGGUCAGUGUGGCACUGAAAAGACGAAAGAGCAAAUACAAUUGUCCCAGAAAUCUGGGGGCAACAAAACUUAUACUUAUAUACUAAUAAAAACGACCAUAAUCUGAUUUUAACAGCAGAGCAUAUAUGUUAAAAAGAUGACUGCACAUAGUUCAUAAGGACAAGCAUAGUCAGUUUUUAAAAAAUGCCUUGUUUUCUCCACGUUGGUUCCACUGCACACUCGAAAUAUGACUGAAGAUGUUUAUCAUUAGGGGGAUGUAAUUUCAUAGCAGACACAUGUUUAUGUUUAGUUUUUUUUGCUGUUUUGAUGUAUUGUGUUGUAUAUAUGUAAUCACUUAUUAUGAAAAGAGUUUUCCUCCAUUUAAUAAUUGGAAUAAAUUAUCUUUACAUCUGCAA